AUGGCCUUCUCCGCACUCUCCCGUCUGUACUCGAGCCUAGUCGCUUACUGCACCACUGAAAAGCUCGUCCAUGAAGAAGCCGCCAAGAUAGAGGAGAUGAUCGGGAGAGCGCCGCAGCACGAAAUUGAGCAAAGGAUAGAAGCAAUCAAAGAGAUUGCACCCACGGCCAUCGGCAAGUCUCACUACUUGAGUUACUUGUACCAUCUGCACCACCGCGAGUACGACGGGGCAAUGGAUUCAUUGCAUGCCUACUUUGACACUAGUAUGCGGGUAUGCCUUCGAUAUCUUGUCGCCUCGCGACCACAACUGGGCCUUCAGCGCAUCCUCACACUUCUUCAGGACAACGAAGUGGUUUCUGUCGUGGAUGAUCCGGACGAUCCGUCAAGCGCGCAGCUGAUCAAGACCAAGAGCACGUUGCCCUACGCAAUUCUUAAUCUCGUUUCGACGCACUAUCGGUUCGGGCACUACGAACAGGCUCUUGAUGAGAGGAACGACGAGGACUGCCUGGCAUUCGCUCUUAUGUGGCUGUGCCGCUUGACGGAGGCCCAGAUCUUCGCCUUUGAAGAGAACGACACAAAUUCUGAAGAGGUGAAAGGGAACCGACACGAACAAGGUCGCUCAGCCCGCCAGACACGGGAUCGCAUCCGGCCGAGCACGAAGCGAAAGACGAAUGCGACGGAGACCAAGGCCGCAGAUGACAAGCUCAAGCAAUUACUCGAACGCUGCGUCGCGCGAGCGAAGGAACUGCACAACCAGCACCUUUACUCGCUCAGCUCUCUGGCGCUGGCCAAGUACAACCUCUUCCAUGCUACAAGCCGACCUCGACUUCCAGGCCUGCCCUCUUCGACAGCCAACAUGGGCACGUUCCCGUUGAGAGUCAAGGAACUGAUAGAGGCGAGCAUGUCUGCCAACAUGAACAACUCGUUCGCGGACCUCAUGAACGCAGGCCAUUUCCUGAAGAUGGGAAUGUGGGAUUUCUAUGGGCACAAGGAGCUCGCUAUGCUAUCGUCGCAGAUCGUGCUCGAAAACUACGGAGACAAGGCAGAGAUUGAGAGCACUUGCGCCGCGUAUUGCCAUCUAGCUGCGCUGGAGUGCAUGCACACUGACAACGGCACCUUGACCUUGCAGCAUGCAUGGGAGGGCGAUAUGCACGGCGCUCUGGGCGUGCUCGCCGAGGCUCACCUGCGAUUCCCUGUGGGGAGCGCCCGGCACCAUUGGGCCAUCCACGCCGCUCACAUCCUGCACGAAUGGUUCCUGCGAAGGUGCGAGUACUCGCGCUGCCAAGUGCUGGUGGACAAGGCAAAGGCCAUGGCUGCUACGAACGGGGACUGGACAGCAGCGGCAGAGGCCCUGCAUCUCUCCGCUCUGCUCAUGAUCGCUCGAGGACAGCUGUCUGAGGCGUUUGGUGUUGUGAACAAGCUCAUCGGCAAGUGCAAGAAGAAGAACAUGGAGGUGCAGAGCAUUGCCUACCUGCUGACGCUGGCACAGAUCCACCAGAAGUCCGGAAAUCCGGUGGCUGCCUUGACCUCCGUGCUCAGCUGCCUCACGCAGUCGGAGAAUCUCAACCUGGAUAACUUGUUCGUCAUGUCCACCGUGCGCCUGGCCGAGAUCCACCUACAGCUGGGGAACGCCCAGAAGGCCCUGACCUCCCUACACUCCGUGCUCCCGCAGGUGAUGCAGCACUGCCCUCUCCACGUCAAAGCUGACACGUUCUUGCUCAUGGCCAAGUGUCACUUGUACAUGCUGAAGCCGCAACAAGGCCACGUGGUCGACGUGCUGGGUCUCCUUGAGAAGGCGCUCGCGUGCUACAGGCCGCUGCAGGACGUCGACAAGCAGAUCGAGACACACUACCUGCUGGCGCGCGUCCAGCAUGAGGCCGGGCUCAUCGAGGAGCGCAACCGGUCGUCGGCCCACUUCAAGCGGCAGAUGAAGCGCAAGCAGGAGGCCAUACGACACACGACCGACAUGUUGGGCCUCUACCACCUCGACGACCCUUCGUUCACGUUCGGCCUCUGCGCCCAGCUUCUGCUCGACCACACCGCCGACCAAUAG